UCGACGGCGAGACAACCGUCCAGGGAGAGGGAGGCCGGGGCAGCCCGAGCCAGCCGGGCUUGGCCUGAGACGCGGCCGCCGAGAGCAGGGAACAGCGGCGGGUAUGGGCGAGAGAGAACCGCAACAGCCAGCGGCAACGGCUGUAAGAGGCCCCCACGGGCAGCGCCAUCGCCCGCCGCCUCAGCCCUCCCGUCAUCCCACGGAAGUCCUGUAGUGAAAGAGAUCCGGGUAGAAAGAGAGCCGCGUAGAAGGUUCCUCUUGAAGGGGGGGGGGAGAAUUGUGGAGUUCUUCACCUUCCCCCUCCCCCCCAUAGGAAGCUGCCUUAUACUGAGUCAGAUCAUUGGUCCAUCCAGUACUAUCUUCACUGGCUAGCAGCGGCUUUCCAGGGUUUCACACAGAAAGACUGUUCCUGUCCUACUUGGAGAUGCCUGAGGGAUUUCACCUGGGAUCUUCUGCGUGCAAAGUAGGUGUUCUGCUACCGGGCUAUGAUCAUUCCCUUCCCAAUUACCGAAGGAGAGGAAAAGUAACUCCUCGGUCUACUUUGCUGAGAAUCCUGGUUGCCGGGAGGAAGAAAUGAGAUCGGGACACGCUGGCGGAAAUGAUAGGCAGCCUUGGCUCUGCAUGGUGGCUAUGGAGAGGCAGCAAGUCAUCCCCCUGGCUCAGUACCCUGAAGUCACCCGGGAGAGCUUCCUGCAGGACAUCUACCCUUUGAGAAAGCCAGUAAAGCUGAAGGGAAUCGAUUUGGGCCCUUGCCUGACCAAGUGGACAGUGGAUUACCUCUGUCAAGCAUCAGGAAGUAAAGAAGUAAAGGUUCAUGUUUCUGCUGUGCCUCAGAUGGACUUCCUCAGUAAGAACUUUGUGUAUAGAACAUUGCCUUUUGAUGUAUUUAUAAGGAGAGCAGCUGAAGCCAAACAUACAGAGUACUUUAUUUCAGAGGAUGAAAAGUACUAUUUGCGAUCACUGGGAGAAGAUCCACGAACGGAGAUUGCAGACCUCAGAAAGCAGUUUCCUGUGCUGGCAGAUGAUAUACAAAUCCCAGAAUACUUUGAAAAGGAGCAGUUUUUCUCCACUGUCUUCCGCAUAAGCUCAGCAGGACUGCAGCUUUGGACACAUUAUGAUGUAAUGGAUAACUUCUUAAUUCAGGUGACAGGAAAGAAAAAAGUUGUACUGUACAGUCCCCGUGAUGCACCAUAUUUAUAUUUAUCAGGCACCAAGUCAGAGGUGCUAAAUGUGGACAAGCCAGAUUUGAAGAAAUAUCCUCUCUUUGUCAAGGCCAGGCGCUACGAGUGCCAGUUAAAAGCAGGAGAUGUUUUGUUUAUUCCAGCUUUAUGGUUUCAUAAUGUGACUUCUGAGGAGUUUGGAGUGGGAGUCAAUGUUUUCUGGAAGCACCUUCCUUCCAAUUGCUAUGAUAAGACAGACACUUAUGGAAACAAAGAUCUUGCUGCAGCCUCAAGAGCAGUACAGAUUUUAGACAGAGCCCUGAAAACCCUAGAAGAGCUACCUGAAGAAUACAGAGACUUUUAUGGGCGGAGAAUGGUUUUACGGAUCCAAGAGAAAACCUAUAGUAUUAACUAUGAAUAAAGAGCACUUUCACAGA